AGACCCCCCCCCCCCCCCACCCGGGAAUAAGACAGAACAACAAUGGGUCUGUUUGAUAAACUAGCUGGCUGGUUGGGGCUGAAGAAGAAGGAAGUGAAUGUUCUGUGUCUGGGAUUGGACAACAGCGGCAAGACCACUAUCAUCAACCAACUCAAACCAUCCAAUGCCCAGACACAAGACAUCGUCCCGACCAUUGGCUUCAGCAUCGAGAAGUUCAAGACAUCAAGUCUCUCCUUCACAGUGUUCGACAUGUCUGGCCAAGGGCGAUACAGAAACCUCUGGGAACAUUACUACAAGGAGGGUCAAGCCAUCAUCUUUGUGGUGGACAGUGGAGACAAGUUGAGGAUGGUGGUCGCUAAAGAGGAACUGGACACCCUCCUGAACCACCCAGACGUAAAGCACCGGCGGAUCCCCCUGCUGUUCUUUGCCAACAAGAUGGACGUGAGAGACGCCCUAUCUUCAGUCAAGGUCUCCCAGCUCCUCUGCCUGGAGAACAUCAAGGACAAGCCCUGGCACAUCUGUGCCAGCGAUGCUGUGAAAGGAGAAGGUUUACCUGAAGGCGUCGAUUGGCUGCAAGAUCAAAUCAGAACGAUGAGAACGUGAGAGGUUGAGAGAACGACACGACGGGGAGGGGGGUGAGGAAGGGGGGAAAUGCCAUCGUCUGGGUGGCGUCAUGGCAACACUGGAGUCCCUCGGGCGUUGACCCCCAAUGGUGUAAAUUCUCAACAUGACUCCUACCACCAGCCACACACACACACACACACAUGCCUCAGAAGAGUUGGAGCCAGCUAUGACCUUCUGACCUUUAAAGAUCAACCAGUCUGGAUGGAGGACUAGCCUUUCCAACGGCCCCUGGAAAUAGAUAGUCUUUUCUUCAGAUCAUUAACACAUCUUCCCACCAGUUUCUCUUUUCACCCUCAUUUCAAAUGACCCACUCCCAAUAAACUAGUUUUAAAUUGAGUAUUGUUUUGUUAUGGACUGAUAUUCUACAGUAAUGUUUUGGACUGAUAUUCUACAGUAAUGUUAUGGACUGAUAUUCUACAGUAAUGUUAUGGACUGAUAUUCUACAGUAAUGUUUUGGACUGAUAUUCUACAGUAAUGUUAUGGACUGAUAUUCUACAGUAAUGUUAUGGACUGAUAUUCUACAGUAAUGUUUUGGACUGAUAUUCUACAGUAAUGUUAUGGACUGGUAUUCUACAGUAAUGUUAUGGACUAAUAUUCUACAGUAAUGUUUUGGACUGAUAUUCUACAGUAAUGUUUUGGACUGAUAUUCUACAGUAAUGUUAUGGACUGAUAUUCUACAGUAAUGUUAUGGACUGAUAUUCUACAGUAAUGUUAUGGACUGAUAUUCUACAGUAAUGUUUUGGACUGAUAUUCUACAGUAAUGUUUUACACUGAUAUUCUACAGUAAUGUUAUGGACUGAUAUUCUACAGUAAUGUUAUGGACUGAUAUUCUACAGUAAUGUUAUGGACUGAUAAUCUACAUUAAUGUUAUGGACUUAAAUUUUACAGUAAUUUUUUUACACUGAUAUUCUACAGUAAUGUUUUGGACUGAUAUUCUACAGUAAUGUUUUGGACUGAUAUUCUACAGUAAUGUUAUGGACUGAUAUUCUACAGUAAUGUUAUGGACUGAUAAUCUACAUUAAUGUUAUGGACUGAUAAUCUACAUUAAUGUUAUGGACUUAAGUUUUACAGUAAUUUUUUUACACUGAUAUUCUACAGUAAUGUUAUGGACUGGUAUUCUACAGUAAUGUUUUGGACUAAUAUUCUACAGUAAUGUUAUGGACUAAUAUUCUACAGUAAUGUUUUGGACUGGUAUUCUACAGUAAUGCCUACUUGGUACUCUCAAAACACUCGUUUAUUAUGUCAUUUUCAUGUUGGAUUCUCCUGGUAAUGAACUGUAGACCACCAGCGGAGGAAACUAUGUAUCGAAUCACAACGAUUGGUCUAAAUGUUUGUGGGUUUAAAUAUACUGUGUGUUGUUGUUGUAGCUUAGCGUUUGCCAGGCUCAUAGCAUGACAACAGGAAUAAUAUGAUUUGUGUAAUUCUUCAUCAAAAUUAUAUUUUUGUUAUACUUGCAGUUCAUAUGACUCAAAUGGUUGUACAUUUAGACGUUGACAGACACUUCAGGGAAAAAAGGGCCAAAGAAGUUGUAAAAUACGAAAACUCAAGACCCACAGGUUUUAUCACAGCACACCUAUGAAUUAGUCCUUAUUUAUCUAAUGUGGAGUUUCUCUUCUCCAACUGAGUCUUCACGUAGUGUUUCCAACGGUUCUGAGAUGUCCAUUUAUUUGCAUUGUACUGUUGAAGGUAUGAGCAGAAUUUGCGUGUAUUUGACUGUGUUGUAUCGGGUGAGGACAGAUGGUAUGUUGUCAGAGUAUUAGUCUUCUACAUGUUGUAAACAACAAUGUAACAUGUUGUGUUUUAUUGAUCUACCUUCCGUGAUACAUGGGAGAAUGAUAGAUUAAAGAAAUGUAGUCUCUCUCUC